GCGAUGGAGUAAGGAAUUCGCUCGCUGCGAGAAUGCCUUGGUUUUCCACAGUUGCAGAGUGGCAGAUGUUUCGUCCCGACUCAUCGUUAGGAAAAAAGUGAACCAAUAUCGUCAAUAAUUUGAUUGAUCCGAACAAAAUGUUGUCUAACUGCGCUUUGCGGCCGCUUCGCCGAUGUCUCCCUGAUACAAAUCAUCCGACAUGUUUUAAUUAUCUGCCUACUCGUUUACUUGCGUUUUCUCGUUCACUUUGCAUCGCCCAUUCAAUGGAAGCAUGGACUAUUGACGGAUAUGGUUCCAACGAUGUUUUAGAACUGAGCAAUGUACCGUUGCCCAAGCUUCAAAAAUCAACAGAUGUAUUAAUUCGUGUACGCGCAGCAUCUGUGAAUCCAAUAGACUACAGAAUGAGGAGUGGUUAUGGUCAGACUUUAUUGAAUUUGUGGCGUAAGGCCGAAAAGGUGGACGAAUUUCCACUGAUUUUAGGAAGAGAUUUUUCCGGAGAAGUGUUGAAAACAGGAAGGCUAGCCAGAAGAUUUGAAAAAGGGGAUGAGGUUUGGGGAACUCCAAGUGUAAUUUCUGGAGGGACACAUGCCGAGGUUGUAGUUGCCAGCCAAGAUGAGAUCUCGAUAAAACCCUCAAUAUGGACCCACCAAGAAGCAGCAUCUCUUCCAUAUGUAGCGUGCACAGUGUGGACAGCUCUGAUUAGUAGAGCAGGCCUUAAACCAAAUGAGUGCCACAAGAAACGUGUUCUUGUCCUUGGUGGGUCAGGUGGAAUAGGAAGCUUUGCCAUUCAGCUGUUAAAGGCCUGGGGAGCAUAUGUUGUUAGUACUUGUUCCAGUGAUGCUGUUGAACUCGUGGCUGGUCUUGGAGCAGAUCAUGUAGUUGAUUAUACUGCAUCUAACUUGGAAGAUGAACUGAAAACAGUUGGGAGCUUUGAUGUAGUUCUUGAUCCUUUUGGAGGAGAUCUGGGCAGGCAGUAUGCCAGACUGUUAUCAAAAUGGAAAGGGUCAAUUUUUGUGACGUUGGCCCCACCUGUUCUGAACAAUACUGAUAAGCUAGGUGCUGGUCUAGGACUCCUGUCAGCUGGACAAAAUUUGGCAUCAACUGCCAUUCCAGAGGCACUAUGCAGUGGAAAUUUAGUUUCUUGGGGUUUCUUUAGUCCAAAUGGUUCUGCGCUUGAUCACAUCUGCUCUCUCUGUUUGUCUGGGAUGAUUAAGCCCAUAGUUCAAGAAGUGUUCCCAUUUUCAAAGACAAAAGAUGCCUAUGCAAAAUUAGAGGGAGGUCAUGCAAGAGGAAAGAUAGUUGUCAGUAUGGAUCCUGUUGAUGCAACAGGAGAAGAACCUUCAGUUUGAUUUUCAUGACUCUUCUGUUCUUAAGUUAUCAAAUAGGAUUUACUGUCAAGGUGUUCAGAGACGAGUUAAUCAGUAAAUUAACUCAAAAAAGGACCACUUUUUUCCGCAAGUUUAAGAAGAGUCUACAUGCCUUAUGACACAAAUUCGAUUACUUAUGUUAUCAGAGAGUUGUGUUAUUCCCUUAAUGGGUUAUUUACUUCAGCAUCAUUGAAAAGAUGUUGUUUCCAUGACAAUCGUAUGUACAACAACAAAAAAAGAGAGAAAAGCUUGACACCCAACAGUU